AUGAAGAGCUCAUUUCUCGCCAUCCUCGCCGCUGCCGCCGGCCUCGCUAUUGCCGACAGUCUCGAUGUGCCCGACUGCGCCAAGAGCUGCGUCAACGAUGACAUCCAGAAGAGUGGCUGCGCCCAGGACAAGAUCAAGGACUGCUAUUGCCAAAAGGCUAAUGUCAACUCACUGGUCAAUUGUGUCUCCGGGGCGUGCAAAGAUCAAAACGACCUGAUCAAAGCAGCUCAGGCGGCCCAGAAGGCUUGCCCUCAGCUCAACGGCGGCGUCUUUCCUGGCCAAGGAAAUAAUGGCAACGGCAAUUAG